GUCGGGGCAACGCAAACACAAAGUACUGAGUCACACGGCCUAGCAACCAGGACUCAAAGGAGCCCACAGGUACGUCCUUGUCUUUGGAAGACUUUGUUGGAAUUCUAAAGUCCAGCAAGGAGGUCCCGAACCAGGGAGAAUGUUCCACACUCCUUGGAGGUCUCCUUCAGACAAGAAGUAACAUCAUGAAGGAUUUAUCUGCGCUGAGUCGGGGGUGUGGCCGCGUGGUCAAGAUGAGCACAUGCAGUGACCAUGGCCGCCUGGACGUCUGCUUCACACCGCGGGAUUACUACAUCUGGAAGUCCCAGGAUGCUUUGCUGCGUCUGACCGCCAGCGGCAGUUUUUUAAGGAACGAGGAGUCAAGCAUCCCAAAGACCUACAGCACUCGCAGGGGGGCCCUUGUCCUCUACUCCCGGGACUUGGUGACGCUGGCGAGCCCGCCUGGGCCGCUGCCCGCUCACAGGAAGAGGGGGAACGCCCAGGAAGUGGACCGACACGCAUUGACACUGAAAGAGCGGACGGUGGCCAUUUUGGGUCAGGUGACGGAGCGGUCAGUGUGUGGUAGCACAUUGUCAACGACUGCACGGCUUGGCCCGCCCAUCUUACCUCCACUUGGCCGCCAUUGUCACCCUCACAUUAAACUUCAGCACAGUCCAGAGUUCCUGAGUGACACGGACCCUCAGGGAGUCCCUGCCCAUCUGGACCAUCAGAAUCCACCUGAAGGUCAGAAGGAGAACAACAGGAGGGUCCGCCUGGAUGUGCUCCUUCAGAUACCCAGAGUUACUAGUAGUCCGCCAUCAUGCACCAUGGACCAUGGGACAGUGACUUUAGAAGAAAGUCCUGAAUCCUGCCAAAGGAAUCAUCUACAUAGCCCUGAAGGUCCAGGAGAACACCGCCAAACUUCCGCCAUUGAAGACCGCCCAGUUUUUCUCCCUCCUCUGAGACCUCCUGACCCUUCUCCGUCCUGCUGCCCGCGUCUACUCACUGGAAGUCAACUUGUUCCCUUUGUUGUUUUUGUUGUUAUUCUGAUCGAGCAAGAACCCUGUUGAUUUUCAACAAGAUC